CUCCUGCAAUCUGAUUCUGGACUCCAUCCCGUGCCACUUACCUUUCCUACUCUGUUAUAGCUGUAAUCCCCUUAUCCUGCGGUCAUCUGUCAUCAUCACCCACACUUCAGCCUUGUAGCCAUCCACGCACCCACUCAGCACUCACAUGGGAUCGGACCUGCAAGAGUCGCUGCCCCGUCCAGACCCCACCCAGGAAGAGCCCGCGCGGCCCUCAGGCUCCUCAGGCUCCUCAGGCUCCUCACCACCAGCCCCCGUGGCCUCCGCCGCUGCAGCUCCAGUGGACGCCGAAGAUGACUGGGCUGGUCUUUGCGAUCGGAAAGAGCGCCGACGACGACAAAAUCGGCUGAACCAGCGCGCAUACCGCAAACGCAAACAAGCAGAACGCAACAAUGCCUUGGUCCCCCGACCAUCAGCAGCAUCCCAAGUCGGCGGCUCCCCCAACCCCGAGCACAGCUCAUCCCCGGAUUCCGACUCCUCCCUGACCCCCAAGCAAUCCCGCUGUAUGCUUAAUGUCAGCAAUGGUACCUCUACCCCCAGCAUGCCUAUCGACAUCCAAAAACUCUUCGAACACUUCACCCGCGUCGCCUACGAAAGCUACUUCCGUGGCUCCCCAUCCGCCGACCACCUCCUUACCCUCAGCAAGGUCAACGUCUUCCGCGCCUUUGUGGCCAACAUGUCCGUCCUGGGUCUAGGCAAAGACACCACCUGGUGUCAAGACGACGAUGCUCUCUCCCUCUUCAACACGCUGUCCCCCGACGCCAUUGAAGGGAGCACCGACAAACUCCCCGUCGCCUUACGACCCACCAAGCUCCAAAUUAAAAUCCCGCAUCACCCCUGGCUGGACUUCUUCCCGUUGCCCAGACUGCGCGAUAAUCUGGUCAUGAUGGCGGAUCGGUUCGAUGAUGAGGAACUAUGCCACGAUGUCAUGGGGUUCUGGGAUAAUGCGUCAGAUUCAUGCAGUAUGUUGGUGUGGGGGGAGCCCUCGGAUCCAGCGAGUUGGGAGGUCACGGAGGGGUUUUUAAGAAAAUGGCCGUGGGUGGUACGAGGGUGUCCGGAGUUGUUGCAAAGUACAAAUCGAUGGCGGCAGUCGAGGGGAGAGAAGAUGAUUAUUAGGUAUUUGUAACAUACCUCCGUGCUCUCCUCUUAGGGUGGAGUUGGGUUUAUGUGAGAUGAAUCUGAAUGUGAAUAUGUAUGUAGUUGUCUUGUUGUCCGUUUCAAUGAUUUCCCCUCUUUUUGUUCCAAAA